AUGGGCGAUAUAAUAUUAAAUGUGUUCGAAUUGGUGGAUAAAAGGCUAAACAGGCUAAAGGGGUUAAAAGCAAAUACGUUACUGGAUUGCGAGUCAUUGCUGUCACAAUAUAAAAAGAUUAUAGAAAUUUUAUUAAAUGCAAAAAAGCUUUUAGAAAAAGAUCCUGAUGAUCCGUUGGCUAUACAGAAGAAUUUAAUUCAGGUUGCCCUUCGUUUAGAUUUAGCAGAGAAAGAAGAAAAAUUAGUUCAAACCAAAAUAGAUAAUAAAGAUUAUGAUAAUUCAAUGGCAACAUCUAUAUUUUCACCAAAUAGUUCAUUGUCACCUAUAAUGUCACCCACCUCAACUUUAAAUCAACCAAUUUCACCUUCUUUAUUAUCAAAUAAUAUUAAUAAUAAUAAUAAUAAUAAUGAUACAAUAAAUAGUAAUAAUAUAUCAACUAAUUCACCAGUUUUUACAUCAAAUAUUAUUAAAAAUGAUUCACAAAUUGAUCCAUUAGUUAAUCAAAUUUUAGAAAAUAAUAUAAUUACCACACCACCUUCCGAAUCUGCAAUACCUUUGAUAGAAUCAACUAAAGAUAAAGUUAAAAAAGAUGAGAAUUUUCAAUUGGACGCAGCUGAAACAAACAAUAAAAAUAUUAUGACAUCACCACCAUUACCUUCAAAACAUUUAAAUAAUAAACCGAUUAUAUCAAAGAAUAAACCUCCAUCUCCACUUUUAAGUAAUGUUGUAAUAGAUAAACCAAUAAGCCCUAAGAAUAGAGAUUCAGAGAAAAAAAAUGAUGAAAACUUAACAGUUAAACAAAAGAGCGAAAAAAUAACUCAAAUGCUAAUGGAACAACAUUAUUUAAACAAAAAAGCUCCAUCUUCUUAUAAACCAGGUGAUAUCGUUUUUUCAUAUAAAGAAGAAUUAUAUAAAAAUAUUUCAAAUAAUAAUUCUAAUGAUAAUAGUAAUAUUGAUAAUAAUGGUAAUAAUGGUAAUAAUAGUAAUAUUGAUAAUAAUAAUAGUAUAAAUGGUAAUAAUAUGGAUACAUUACAAAAUCAAACUAUAUCAGUUGAAACAGUGGUAAUAACAAAAGAAAAAGUUAAAAGAGAAAAUUCGCCAAUAACAGUUAGUAGUGAUGAUAAUAAUAGCACUAAAGAGGAGGAGAAAGAGGUUGUUUUCAAAGGAAAGAGAAAGAGUAGAUCAGCUAUUAGCUUCCCAUCACCACCAUUAGAUUCAAUUCAAGAGCCAUUACAACUAUCAGAUCUUUCAUCAAUCCCACCACUUAAAAUUAGCAAUGAUAAGGUUGAAAAGCAAACAAAUGAUAUUCCAGGUAUAGAGAUAGUCGAAGAAAAAGAUCAAAAAGAUCAAAAAGAUCAAAAAGAUCAAAAACAAGAUCAACACCAAGAACAACAGGAACAACAACAAGAGCAAUCACAAGAACAACAAAAACAACAAAAACAAGAGCAACAAGAAGAAGAACAACAACAACAACAACAACAACAACAACAACAACAACAACAACAACAACAACAACAACAACAACAAGAACAACAACAAGAAUCACAAGAACAAAAACCAAGAUUAUCAAUUAAAGAGGAAAUUAUAAUUAUUAAAGAAACUAUUGAACAACCAAAAGAACAAGAUAUUUUAGAGAGUCAAUCAAUCAAAAAAGUAGAACCAAUUGAAGAAAAACAAAUAAAUAUUGAAAUUACAAAGGAAACUAUUGAAAUAAAAAAAGAACCAUUAAAUUUAAUUAAAUCAUCAUCUAGUGAAAAUAAAGAUGAAAAAGUUAUAUCAAGCUCAUUAGUUGAUACAUUUUUACUUAGACAUAGAUUUGGUACAUCAUCAACAUCAGAUUUAUCAAUUUCGCAAUUUAUACAACCACAUUUCUCAUCAGAGUCAGUAAUUUCAUCUUCAUUACCAAGCUAUGGUCAUCAACCACUACCACAAAGCAGCAGCAGCCAUAAUAUUAUAAGUAGUAGCUAUAUAAACAGUAGUAAUGGAAGUUUAAGUAGCUCUGGUGGUCAUUCAAUUGGUAUUAGAACUUCGCAACAAAAAAUUUCACAAAAACUAAAACUAGCUAAACAAAAUCCAAUAAUUAGAAAGCAAUCAGAUACUAAAAUUGGCCAUGCUAGAUCCAAUAGCAAUAAUUCAGUUCGUCGUUCUGAUGGUCUCAUUAAUUCGAGUAGUUCAAUAGUAUCUUCAUCUUCAUCUAUUUAUACCGAGAGUAAUUUAAAUGAUAGCGGAUCAAAUCAAACCUCUGUUAAUAGUAGUUCAAAUGGAAUAAAUAGUUUAAAUAAUUCUAUAAAUAAUAAUAACAACAAUAAUAAUGGCGAUAAGUUUUAUGGUGUUGGAGCUAGUAUUUCUGAAAAUAUAAUUGAAGAGGAAAUUAGUGCAAAUAAUUUUAUUGGCCAAGGUGAAAGAUUAGCAUUACUUCAAUCAUUAUUAAAAUCAGAAGAGUUAACAAAUAAUGCAGAGAAUAAAGUUAUCGAUGAAAUCAAUAGAGUUACUAGACAGAAAUCACAAGAGCUUUAUCAAUUAGUUUGGGAAGUUAGACAUUUAGAUAAAUCAAUUGCUCAUAUUUUAAAUAAUAGAUUACAAAUUUCAGAUAUUUCGGAUAUUGGUUUAAUUCCAGAUUCAAACACAAAUCAACAAAAUUAUAAUUCAUCCUCAUCAACAGUUAUAGAAUUAUCAAGAGAGUUAAAAUUUACUUUAGAGCGUUUAGUAAUCUUGUUAAGAACCGAACCAUCAAUUCUUCGUGAUACUUUAUAUAGGGCUGGUUAUUUGGGUGAAAAUGUUGACUCUAGUUUCAAAGCAUCCCAUACCGAUCUAUCACAGGCCAUUGUAUUCUCAUUAUUUGGUAAUUGUUUUACUGCCACAGAUGAAAAACUUUUACUUUUAACAAUUAAAUCAAUAACAGAAAUUGAAUUUAAAAUUACAAUGGAAAAGAAAUCAUUUGGAAUUCAUGAACCAUUUUGCUUUACUUUAUUAUCCACCUAUUUAAACUAUACAUAUGGUAAACCUUAUUUAAUUUCUGUACUUAAAGAUAUUGUAGUUUCAAUUAUUCAAGAUCAUAAUCUUAAUCUAGAAAACGACCCACAAAAGAAAGCAAUGUUGGCCUCCAUUGGUAUUGUCGAGGAUGAACCAUUAAUUGAUCAAAAUGUAUUAUUACAACAAUUUACUGGCGAGUUUUUAAAAAGAGUUUGUGCUUUAUCAAGUUCAAUCCCAUAUGCCCUUAGAUGGAUAAGUAAAAUUAUUAUUCAAUUAUGGCGUCAACAUAUUAAAUCCCAACGUCCAGUUGGUUUUAUCCCAUCAGAAAUGUCAAAUAUGAGGGAUAGACAAGAAGAAAAAGAAUAUAUUAUUAGAUUGGUGUUUGAAAACUUUUUUAUCCCUGCAAUUAUCAGACCUGAUCAUUAUGGUGUUAUUUCAGGUUUAACUAUCAGUCAAAAAUCAAGACACAAUUUAAUUCAAAUUGCUAAAAUGGUUUUAGAUUUCCUUCGUAAUCCCUCAUUAAUUCCAAGAUGGUUAAAUGAAAGUAUGGAACUAGAUUGUAUAUUAAACGAAUACUUUGUUGAUUUAAUUCAAGUAGAAGAGCCAGAAGAUUACUACCACAGACCAGUAUUUGAAUUAGAAUUGGGUCAAAAUCUAUUAGUAUCGUCAACAGAUCUCUUUAUAAUUUUAGAAUUAAUUUAUCAUAAUGGUCCAAAUAAUUUAAGUAAAAGCAAUAGCGAUUUAGAAUUUACCAAUGAAAUUCAGAUAAAUAAUAUAAAUAGUAAUUUAAAUAACAAUAAAAAUAUAAAUAAUGAUGAUAAUGUAGAUCCAAAUAAUAUAAAUAAUAGUGAAACCCAACAACAACAACCAUUAUCACCAACAAUUACUUCAAAACAUAUUAAAGUUGAAUUUAAUUUAGAAGAAAUAUUAUUACAAAAUGAAGUUAUUGAAAUGAUAAAGACAGUUCAACCAGCCUCACAAUUACAAGAAGGUAUGAAAUUUUUAGUUAUUAAUGUAGUUAGCAAGAAUGGUGGUAAAUCGGAAAGUAAAAUUUUCCAACAAGCAUCAGCACAUUGUAUUAAAUUAGCCAAAGCAAAUCUUACAUUAGCUCUUAGUGUUUUAAAUUUUAUUUGUGGUUACAGUAAAUCAAAUAAUGUUUGUGAGCUUUUACUUAUGCAAUGUGGUAGAAAUAGAUCAAUGGAGUUAAAUAUUUUAGAGGCACAAAUCGAGGAAACUAUCCGUUCACUUUGGGCUUUACCAGAUAAUUAUAAACAAGAGGAUUAUAAAGUAUUAUUAGACCAUAUGUUUGAAGACUUCUAUAAACGUGAUAAAAAGAGAAAUUUAGAAAAGCAAUUAAAAGUAUUAUAUUUAGAUCAAUUACAAAGACACAGUGCCCAGAUUGCUGCUCAAAAGAAAAUCAAUAUCGAAUUUUUAACAAAUCAAAAGUUCCGUAAAUUUAGAGAUAAAACUUAUGAUAGAAUGCAAGCAGAGUUUGUUGGUUCUUUCAUGUCCAAAUUUAAUAGUCAUACUGGAUAUUGCUCAUGUAUACCGGGAUUAGAUAGUUCAAUUAGCUGCCAAACUUGCUCACUGAAAUCAAUUAUGAUUAAAUCUUUUAUUCAAAAAACAAAGAAUGAAAUGACUAAUUCAAUAUGGUGGAAUUUAUCAAACACUACAGAAGAUGAAUUAUUUAUUGCUUCAAAUAUUUUAGAAAGAAAUCUUUUAACUCAAAUUUAUAACUUUACCUUUAAUGUUUCAAUGGAGGAUAUCACCUUUUCAAAUGAUUUAAUUUCAAAAUUCUCACUUGUAGAUCACAGCCUAUUAAUUAACGAAAAGUUUUCAAGUCAAGCUCCAUGGGAAUUAGCUCAAGAAGAAAUUAAAAAAAUUAAUUUAUAUAAAUCUCCACAAGAUAAAAUGAAAUGUAUUAUAGAUACAUGGAAUAUAAUUUUUAAUUACACAAAGCCAUUUGGUAAUAGUGGUCCAGAUGAUUUCCUACCAAUUAUGGGUUAUGUUAUUAUUAAAGCAAGACCUGAAAAUAUACUAUCAAAUAUUCAAUAUAUACAAUUAUAUUCAGAUUUAAGUGAUGAUUCAGAAAUCUGGUUUAUGAAUUUAAAGUCAUCAAUAGAAAUUGUUAAAGAGGUAUUAAAGGAUACAAAACAUAAGAAUAAUUGGAGAAAAGGAAUUUUAGUUGAAACAAACGAAAGAAUGGAAAAUAUGCGAAGAUAUUUAAAGAAAAAAGAAAAAUUAAAACAAUAUCGUACUUCGAUAGUUCAAAUUGAAAGUAAUAGUGGUACUCCAAACUCACCAAACUUUAAAUAA